GUGCAGUGGCACCUCCUCGACUUCGUCCGGACCUACAAGGACGACUCCGAUUUGCAACUCAGCAUGGUGGACACCCUGGAGUCGAUCAAGCCUUUGCGGAUAGACUCCAAGUCGGCCGCCAGCUACAAGGAGAUGUGGGAGGACGAGCAUGCGCUCCUGUCGCUCCAUCAGAACAAGAUGUACGAAGCAGGUGCCAGCAUCUUUUGGUGUGCGAUGGGACAGGAGUCGUCCAAGUUCUUUUUCGAUGCAGUAAGCUGGGAAAGCAUGGAGGACUUUGAGUCGAAGCUCUUUGGCGAGUCGGCCAAGGUUCAUGGUCAGUUCCUCUUCCCGACGACGAUCCACCUGUGGGUUUCCAAGUCGAUGGAGGAGUCGGCCGGGUCGCUGGAGAAGCUUUUGAAAGUCGCCCGCUACCCGAUCCUGAACGGGAUGACCACGGUGAACGCCUGGUACUUAGCAGUCGCCCGCGCUUUGAAGGCGAAGGACGGGCCGCGAACGAAAGCGCUGCUGAAAGCGGGCUUGAGCGUAACGCUCCAUCUGCGGCGUUUGGAGUCGGAGGCGGACGGGUACAAGCAGGCGAUGAACUUGUCGGGCAACCAUAAGUUGUCCGCCCAGGCCAAUGGGGAGUCGCUCCUCAGUUGGCUGGUCCGGUACGAGUUCCUCUCCAAGGAGGUGGGCGCGACCGUGGUGGCGCAGCAUGUCAAGUUCGCGCAGAGCCAGGCGAUCCUCUUCGACUUGAAGCCGGUGACCACCUCGGUCAUGACGGCUGUGAUCAAGAUCAAGGGCGUGCUCACCGAGAAGUCGCGCGCCAUCCUCCAGUCGAUGUCGCUGCGAUACUCUUCCAAAAUAUUCUUGGAAGAGUACUCCAAGCUGUUGAGAAUCGUCUACUGUCUACAGAGGUAUCCGGCGGCGGAGAGGAUGGAGUCGACCUUCUUCGAGUAUUGCAUGGAGAGCUCGCUAGUCGGCCUGAUUCGCAAUCAGGUGAAGCCGGACUUCUUCAAAACCAACAACAUGGGCGCGGAGACGAAAGGCGGCAAGCCCGGCUUCGCGGACUUGUGUGCCGCGAGGAUGCUCUUUGUCGACUGUGUCGAGAACUUCCUCAGUUCGGUCCAGAACACUCAGAGCAAGUCGGAACUGAUGGAUGUUUGGUCGAAGUUCAAGUCGCCCGUUGCGUGGAACGAGGACUUCCCAGUCGUCACCGCCGAGAAGAGUGGCGAGGAUGAAGUCGUCCAGACGCCCCUGGAGAAAUUCAACAAGGGCAAGUCGUACGAGGGCGAGUACGAUGCUGACUUGCUGGUCCUGUCGACCUUCUACGCCAAGAUCCCGAGCGUUCUGAUGGAACCGGCGGAGGCGGAGAAGAAACUUGCCUUAGUCGUCGCCUCGCAGGACCUCUUCAGGGCGAUUGAGGUCGCGACGACGGUUGUUUCGACGUCGGAGUCGACCGCCACGCCUUUGAGGACGCUGGCCAAGUCGAACAGUUUGGGGGACGAUCCGGAGGAGAAGAAAAGGAAGGAAGAGAGGCAGGCUGCAUGGAAGGCGGCAUCGAAAGCUCGGAAGACAGUCGUCCAAUUCGCCGUGUUUCACGACACGGCCCAGGCGACUGAAGUCGUAGCCUCCAGUAUCACGGCUUCGACGAAGACGGAGGCUGGCAAGUCGCAUCGCCUCGUGGUCCUGUCAGUCGACCUUCUGCAGGAAUCCGACACCAAGCCAUGGGUCGACCCCUUUGACGGCAAGCCCACCGCCAUGAAGUUCGAGAGCAGGUUGGAGUGGGUCCUCAAGCAGUCGCAACCGGGAGACAUUAUAGUCGUUUUCGAUGGGCGGAGUCGAAAAGCUCGGAAGCACCUGGAGCAGGAGGUCGCCAAGAGUACAAUGGGUGCCAACGCAGUCGAACUGAGUAUCAUCUACUCUGGCAAACGCCCCUACCGAAUGAGAACUCGCGAGGUGGCCUUUGGGAGUCGCCCGCUGGAGAUUGGGUUCAUGCUCACGGUCUUCAGUCGUAGCAAAAUGCAGGUGCGCGAGAGGAAGACCUUUGCAGGGGCCGGCGAGGAGUCGACCUUCUGCACGACGUACACAGGCGUUUCUUGGCCGGCGUCGCUGCCGAUGAUAGAUGCGCAGGACAAGCAGCGCAUCUUUGCCGCGAAGGAAGUCGCGACGCCGAAGAAGUGGCAGUUCUUGGUCGACUUGCAGGUCACCAGCGUAGUCGACAUGAGCCCGGGAUCCGCUUCGUUGGCUUGCGCUUGUAUGUCGUCCAAGGGCCAGUCGAACGUUCACUACAUCGGCUUCGCGCACGAUGCCGCUCACCAGUCGUUCCUGGCCAAUGUCACAGACCGAGCCUCCCUAGUCGUCAUCACCACGCAUGGCUCCUCACUCUACGAGUCGUCGCUCGCUGAAACAGUGGGCCAAGUCUUCGCGGACAUCCUUGCUAGCGAAAGCAAGGAGGACGAACCUUUGCAGUCGGAGUCGGAAGACGAGGACGAGGUAGCUGGCAAAGCCUAG